UUUCCACGACUCCACUCCAUCACCAUCACCACCACCUCCAACAAAGCUGACUUGUAGGCAAUGAGAAAGCAAAAAGUAUCAACGCCGACACAAACGGUGGAUUGGGAUUUGGAAUCAUCAAUUUGCUAAACGAUGCCGCGUGACACUGCGAGCGAGCAAGCGAUGUAGCCCCCACCCGUUACUCGCUUGUACACUCUCUCAUGGGAUACCUUCUCGAAUUAUUAAUUAGAAAAAAUACAGUCAGAUUUUACAAUUCUGUCUUCGUCUCCUCUCUGGCCAUCCAAAGGACCAAAAAAGCUCGACAUGGACCAAACAUUAAAAAAAAAGUAAAAGAAAGAGAAGAAGAGAAUCCACACAGAUCUAGGAUCCAAAACCACCCCUCUCACCUCGUAAAUGCUCUUAUUGCUCUGAGCCAAUUUUUAACGCUUAACCCUCUGGUGUUUUCAGUGUAAAGUUUCGUGAAUUCAAGAAAUAGCCAUGUCUAGAAGGCAAAUAGGAUCGUCACGGCGUCCUGGAAGCUUUCCUUUUGCUGGAGCAUUUCAUUCGAAAUCAAGAUCAUCCCCCUUGUUAUCGAUCGGGCUUGUUGUUGUGGGGGCACUCCUUCUUAUCGGCUAUGCUUACAGAGGCUCAGGUAUUUUCAGUGGUAACAAGGAAGCAGUAAAUAGAGUUGAAGGUGACUAUUCAUGUACAUUUGAGGUCCAGAGAGCAAUACCUGUUUUGAAGAAAGCAUACGGUGACAGUAUGCACAAGGUUCUGCAUGUUGGUCCUGAUACUUGUUCAGUGGUCUCCAAAUUGUUAAAAGAAAAGGAAACUGAAGCAUGGGGUGUGGAACCAUAUGACAUAGAGGAUGCUGAUGGGACCUGCAAAAGUCUUGUACACAAAGGCAUUGUACGUGUCGAUGAUAUUAAAUUCCCUCUACCCUACAGAUCAAAGUCAUUUUCUCUUGUUCUUGUGUCAGAUGCUUUGGAUUACCUUUCUCCAAAAUAUUUGAACAGAACUCUUCCAGAAUUGGCAAGGGUGUCGACAGAUGGUCUUGUUAUCUUUGCAGGUUAUCCUGGGAAACAGAGAGCUAAAGUUGCUGAGUUGUCCAAAUUUGGACGUCCUGCCAAAAUGCGGAGCUCAUCUUGGUGGAUUCGCUUUUUUGUCCAAAUGAGCUUAGAAGAAAAUGAAACUAUCAUAAAAAAGUUUGAGCAGGCUGCAUCCAAGAUGUCAUACACGCCAGCCUGCCAAGUCUUCCACCUCAAGUCGUACCAUUAGUAUAAGAAUUAUAACAUCAAUUCUUCCCCAGUUUUGGUUAUGCGACAGGGCCACAGGAACAAAUGAAGUUUUCGGUUGCCAUAUAAAAAUGCCUCUUGAUUAUUAAAUUUGCUAUAAGCAAUGUUAAAGCAUAUCAACUAUACAGUUAAUAUUUAUUAAUUAUUUGAUGAAAAAUAUAUAUAGGGUGAAUUGCAUUUCAUUUUGAUCAAUCUAUUAGUUAUUAUGUUCGUGAA